AUGGACGGAGGAGCAGGGGGAGGAAGUGAUGGAGGAGAGAAGGAGGAGGAGGCAGAGAAAAACAUGGAAGUGUGUUCAGCUGAGGAUGAAGGAGCUCCUGAGCAGAAGCGCCACCUGCUGCUCAGCUCUGCUCUUCUUCUCUGCUCUUUUUCAGGCAUCAGGAAGUACGGGCGGGACUUCCAGGCCAUCUCAGACGUGAUCGGGAACAAGUCGGUGGUCCAGGUGAAGAACUUCCUGGUGAACUACAGGCGGAGGUUCAACCUGGACGAGGUUCUUCAGGAGUGGGAGGCGGAGCAGGAGAUGGACGGAGGAGCAGGGGGAGGAAGUGAUGGAGGAGAGAAGGAGGAGGAGGCAGAGAAAAACAUGGAAGUGUGUUCAGCUGAGGAUGAAGGAGCUCCUGAGCAGAAGGACUCAAAUCUUCCGGUGCAUUCUGACAAAACUCUGGCCGACUGAGACCAGCCUAACGCUGAGAGGUGUUUCAUUAAACUUUAUUUUUCACUCUACUGGUCAGGUGGGAGGGGUCACCUGUCAUCGCUGCUCUCUGAACCAAUCAGAUUACGACCCUUCGAAGUGUAGAAACAUUCAUUUUUUGCCACAUUUGUCUUUUUUUAAUUCUGUUUUUUGAAUUGUUUAAGUCUUUGUUUACAUUUCUCAGAGAACUGAGGUGUAGAAAUGUAGGGUUC